UUUUCCGGUCCAUUUUUACCAAGAAAUAGAAUACUUGCAAGUAAAAAAAAAAAGCGGGGGACUCUUCUAGUGCAGAACUACUCCUUGCAAAAAAUGCCGCGAGGACGCGUACGUACAUGAUGAACACAUGAUUUUGAAGCAGCAGCUAAGCAAGGUGUGUAUAUAGAGAAACGCAAACUAAACGACGCACACUUUUUCUUUCUCUUUUUGUUUCCUUCAUCAUUAAAAUUCAUGAGCAACAACAAACAAGAAGGGUUUAGACCGCUCCUAACAGAGAAAGAUGACAGCACCACACGGCGAGAUUACCAGUCGUCAUCAAACCAUCGAUCUUGCCUCAAGGAGCAAAAAACUUAUAAUAACGGCCAGCGUCGUCUUUUGACCUGGUCAGAAAUCCCUGAAUGGAUGAGAUUCAACCCGUAUAUACUCGGUUCAUAUCGGCCACCCAAUAGCAAUUAUUGGACGUGUGUUAAAAGCGUAUUGGAAUGGCACAACGAGACGCUAAAUAUAUGGACUCAUCUUCUUGGUUUAAUCGGUAUCCUAUGCUACCUUGGCCGAUUCUUAUACUGGCAAGGCGAAUGGAAUGAUAAACAUGCCGGCGAAUCUAUCUUCUCAGUAGGAACCACAGCCGAUCUGCUCUUGUUUACUUAUUUCAUAUUUGGUUCAGGCUGCCUUGCCUGCAGCUGUGUUUAUCACAUUUUCGCAUGUCAUUCCAAAAGCGUAUCGGUCGCAUGUAACUCAAUUGAUUACCUUGGUAUCAUCUUUAACAAUAUUGGAAGCUGGCUCCUUGUUUAUCAUUACUAUUUUUAUUGCGAGCCUCAUCUUCAAACUUUUUAUAUUUUCACAUAUCUGGUUGUCUGUGGAACUGCGGCGGCCAUGCUGGUUAUACCACGAUUCCAAGCUGAGGAAUAUAUGUGGAUGCGUACCAUUACCUUUGUCUUUGUCGGUUUUGCUGGAGUUACUGGCUUUGUUCACGCUGGUCUCCUUCAUGGCACCGACAUGAUGUUCGAGAUAGGACUUGGCCGCAUCUUUAUCACGUCCUUUUUCUAUGUUUCAGGAGCGUUGGUCUUUGGACUUAGAUGGCCAGAGAGAUCGUUUCCGGGUCGUUGCGAUAUCUGGUUUCAGUCCCACACUAUAUUUCACAUACUUUGUCUCUGUGCAAUGAUCGCUUACUAUUUUGCAAUGGUUCAAGCACGGGAAUUCUGGGGUGCGGAAGGAGCCUACGAGCAAUAUUGUAGUACUGCAACUACAUUAUCGGUUACUGACAAAUACUUCUAACGACAUGUAUUGCAAAAGCGACACAUCCUUUUGUUGGCUAAAUUAAGUAGACACUACUACGUAGUAUCGUUUUCGUGUACAUUUACAACAACGCUGUAGAACGUAUACAUAGCACAAGAAUCCAAUGGCAACAAAAACGAAGAAAUAAUAAAGUUUCCAAACAAAAUACGCCUUCAGUGCAGAGAUGAGAGGAAGGGGAUUGCAUACAUGUAUAACAAUGAUGAAAAUAUAUAUAGGAGCUUGUUUCUA